AUGAUUAAAGGCUUAAGGGGAACAGGAGGAAAUAUCAUCCGACCACCCCUAUUUGCCCUAUUUGAAGACAAACCUUGGGUAUGCAUAUGGGCCUCCAAGGAUUUGCACAUAUUGCCACUACCUCAGGAUAAAAAAAUAUGGACGAAAAUCCAAAUAAUUCUAAAGAAAUCUACAGAGGUCCAGAGGGUAUGGGUUCUGAGAUUAAGUGGGUCAGUCCAAGAAACACUAGUGGCCUCCAUGAUGUCUGUGGCAGUCGCAGGAGGCGCCGAUAACAAAUUCGUGGCAUUCGAUAAAAAAGGUGGAGGUAGAGGUCGCGAAGUUGUCUACGGCACCUUCUGUUGGUGUUGUGUCCCAUGUCCCCUUGACCCGAGGGCGCCGUCACGUAAGACGUACUCGGAAACUCUUGCCAGUUCCCCUAAGGAUGUUACGGUAGUGGAGGUUGGGCCUGUUUCUGGGGCUGAGGGAUUGGGCACGGCCGAGCUGGUAAAGAAUAUGUUGAUGGAGACCGUCAGGCAAGCAGAAUUGGGCAGGCAAGUAGUUAGUUUUAGGGCCAGAAGCAAGGUAGUGAGGGUAAGCUUGGGCUCUGGUGACGCGGGCAAGCGGGUGGUCGAUUCGGGAAUUCUGGCCGGUGCCGGUUUGGUGGUUAAUAGAGUUGGUAAGAGAAGGCCGAGAGUCAUGCUAUUUGAAGUGCCCAAGGAAGUUUCUGAACAGCAGGUCCUACAAUUAGUCAAGGCGCAGAAUUUUCAGGCUGUGGCAGCAAACGAGUUUGGGAAGAGGGAUUCCUUGACUUGUGUUGGAGGUUGA